CAGGGGCGAGCGGCGAUGCCGACGCAGCGGGAGGGCAGCGGCGGCGGCACCACCAUGUCCCAUUUGUCGCUGGGUGGCGGCGACAGCGCUCACCAGGUCCGCGUCAAAGCCUACUACAAGGGGGACAUCAUGAUAACCUAUUUCGAACCUUCCAUCUCAUUUGAAGGACUGUGUAAUGAAGUUCGAGACAUGUGCUCAUUUGACAAUGAACAGCUCUUCACUAUGAAAUGGAUUGAUGAAGAAGGAGACCCGUGUACAGUUUCUUCUCAGCUGGAGUUGGAAGAAGCUUUCCGGUUAUAUGAAUUAAACAAAGAUUCUGAGCUGCUAAUUCAUGUGUUUCCUUGUGUACCAGAAAGGCCCGGCAUGCCCUGUCCAGGAGAAGAUAAAUCCAUUUAUCGUCGUGGUGCCCGCCGGUGGCGAAAGCUGUACUGUGCAAAUGGUCAUACUUUUCAAGCAAAGCGGUUUAAUAGGAGAGCUCAUUGUGCCAUAUGUACUGACCGAAUAUGGGGUCUGGGACGUCAGGGCUAUAAGUGCAUCAACUGCAAACUCCUCGUUCACAAGAAGUGUCACAAACUUGUCAACAUUGAAUGUGGUCGCCAUACACUUCCACCAGAGCCUAUAAUACCUAUGGAUCAGUCAUCAGUGCAUCCAGAUAACAUAGAACCAGUAAUUCCAUAUAAUCCUUCAAGUCAUGAAAGUUUGGAUCAUGUUGGUGAAGAAAAAGAGGCAAUGAGCAUUAGAGAAAGUGGCAAAGCUUCCUCUAGUCUGGGCCUUCAGGAUUUUGACCUGCUCCGGGUUAUUGGAAGAGGCAGCUAUGCUAAAGUACUUCUUGUUCGAUUGAAGAAAACUGAACGUAUUUAUGCAAUGAAAGUUGUGAAGAAAGAACUAGUCAAUGAUGAUGAGGACAUUGAUUGGGUUCAGACAGAGAAACAUGUUUUUGAACAGGCUUCUAAUCAUCCCUUCCUUGUUGGACUGCACUCUUGCUUCCAGACAGAAAGCAGACUAUUUUUUGUUAUAGAAUAUGUCAAUGGAGGAGACUUAAUGUUUCAUAUGCAGCGGCAGAGGAAAUUGCCAGAGGAGCAUGCCAGGUUUUAUUCUGCAGAAAUCAGCCUAGCAUUGAACUAUCUGCAUGAAAGAGGGAUAAUCUACAGAGAUUUGAAACUGGACAAUGUAUUACUGGAUUCUGAGGGACACAUUAAACUCACAGAUUAUGGCAUGUGCAAGGAAGGGUUAAGGCCUGGAGAUACAACCAGCACUUUCUGUGGGACUCCCAACUACAUUGCUCCUGAGAUCUUGCGAGGAGAGGAUUAUGGAUUCAGCGUAGACUGGUGGGCACUGGGUGUACUUAUGUUUGAAAUGAUGGCAGGAAGAUCACCAUUUGACAUUGUUGGAAGCUCUGAUAACCCUGAUCAGAACACAGAGGAUUAUCUCUUUCAAGUUAUUUUGGAAAAGCAAAUACGUAUUCCACGAUCCCUCUCUGUUAAAGCAGCAAGCGUUCUAAAAAGUUUUCUUAACAAGGAUCCAAAAGAACGUUUAGGCUGCCAUCCUCAGACAGGAUUUGCAGAUAUUCAGGGACAUCCAUUCUUCCGCAAUGUUGACUGGGAUCUGAUGGAACAAAAACAAGUGGUUCCUCCAUUUAAACCAAAUAUAUCAGGGGAGUUUGGUCUGGAUAACUUUGAUUCCCAAUUCACUAAUGAACCAGUGCAGCUCACUCCAGAUGAUGAUGAUAUUGUGAAGAAAAUUGACCAGUCGGAAUUUGAAGGUUUUGAAUAUAUCAAUCCACUUUUGAUGUCAGCUGAGGAAUGUGUCUGAUCUUCCUCUUCUAGACUGUGCCAUUUGUUGUGUUUUAUACUGUUUUCUGCAUGGAUAAGCAACUUGUUGUUUGGAUGCACUUGCAUAGAAUGAUUAACUGACUAUUUUAUCCGUGCCACUAACUGUGGUUUAUUCACUGAUUCUCAGCAUUCAUUGUUGCAGCCAGCUACUGUGCAGCACUUGCUCUGGGUUGCACAAAAAUUUAAAAUGUUUUCUCAACAAUUUUGCCAAAGUUGAAUUGUAAUAAAUAAGCUGGUAUAUAGGGUGCCUAAAUGACGUAGUGAAGUUUGCUGUAUAAUCUGCUGAUUGUGUAAUGUAGCUAUGUAUUUUGAAGAAAAAUAAUGUUACUGCUUUGCAAGAGUGCAUUUUGCAUACAGUCACGUAAUAAAAUAGUACUAAAUAGCUUCCAUACUCUUGGCAAGAUUAAGGUACUAACUCUGGUAACUUGUAAAAUUCUACCCUUUCUCUUCCUUGCUUCCCCACCCCACCUCACCUUGUUUUUCCUGAUCAUUUCUAGAUGACAGUGGAAGCUGAAGUGUUGUCCCUGUACACUCAAAUAACACUAGGACAGCCGUUCUUUUAAACAGCAGUAGAACAAAAAUGUAAUUGCUUUCUUGGAAUAGGAAACAUUUGAUUCAUCCCAGGGGAUGAUCAUAAUAGAACUGGUAGAUUACACUCCUCAGUUUAUUUCUGACUGGUAACUAGGAAUAACAUUAUAAAGCCUUUUGGUAUGUGAAAAGCAUGUGCCUUUCUGAGCCUGUCCUUUUCAUCAAGGGUUAUAGUAUAUAAAGUGUCAGCGUAAAUGAGUAGAAUAAGUUUAUACUUGUAAAAA